CAAAUAGUACUUGCGUCAGGACUGUUGAUUUUGAUACAGAGUUGAAAUAUUCAGAUUCUGUAGUGUAGGCCUAGGUAUAGUGAACGCGUCCAGCGCUGGUGAACAGCUGAUUGUGUUUACGUCUGGUGUACACCACCGUGGCGGUGGACGUAGGUAUCGCGAACGGACGUGACGUCAUAUGAAAGGACUCUAUAACUUACUAAUGCUAUAUGAAUCGAUUGAUAAACUAAGGAAAAGAAAUGAAUGAAACUCAAGGCUCAAGCCCAGCAGGGGGAGAUGCUGGGUACAGCCGAGGUGCUGGGAGUAGUGUUUGUGUUGAAGACAUGAACUUGGUGUUGGAUCAAGAUACCCGCGUGCUUUACCUGAAUCCAGAUGGCAGCCUUGUGUUUGAGCAGUGCCCCGCCAGCCAGCCGGUCUUGCUGGAGCCAAACACCAGCUACAUCUUGUCCUCAGCCCUCCAGGGCAACCUUCUGCUUGGAUCUCAGGCUAACUACAGCUCGGAGCAAGUCAAGGGAAGCUUGGCUCACUCCACUGUUACCAUGGUGAUUGAGGGCUCCAGCCCACUGGCUCCAGAAUAUAUUUUGGUUGAGCCUAACACAGUACAUGCUCAUGAGCCUAACACAGUACAUGCUCAUGAGCCUAACACAGUACAUGCUCAUGAGCCUAACCCAGUAGCAGUGCAUGGACAUAAAUCUUUGGCUGAGCCUAGAGCUGUCGCAGUACAUGCUCAUGAAACUGUUCCCCAACUAGUCAUUGAUGGGGAAGCUAGCAAAGAGCAGCCAAGUGUUGCCACUCAGACAUUAGAGGAUGAAAUUUUCAAAAGCAAUCGUAGACACUUGGAGCAGUCCCACUUAGAGCAUCAGUCCAGGUUGCUGCAGGAGAAAAGCUUGGAUUGUUUAGGAGCAAAGAGUGAAAAGCCUCCCAUGGUGGAGUCAGAUGAGAUAGAUGACACAACACCAAUCUUUGCCUCCAUCAGUGCCCAGUUGAACUCUGACCUCCUCCAGCAUGUCCCAGGGUGCCACCAGUUUCUGCUGGACCUGCCAGGACACUUGGCCUUCACUGACAAGACUCAAUGCCACUUUACUGGAGACUUGCAGGCUCUAAUAGCUCUGCACAAUGCCUUGAAGAACAUUUUGCAGUUGAAAAACUUGCUUAGGCUGGGAGGGUGCCAGACUUCAGAAAAAGCUGUCUCCUGCCAGCUGAUCAAGCCCUACGUCUCGUGUCAUGGCCGCCAGCCUAAGUGCUCAUCUAAAGCUGCACAGGUGGGCUUUGUGGCCGCACUAGACCUCUGUGCAGACAAUGGAGCAGAUGACGGACACAGCACACACAGGACAAGGAAGGAUCUGUCUAACAGGAAGAAAAGAGGCCGUCCUAGAAAAGCCAAAGAUAACCCCACAGUCACAUCAUGUCAUGCUCCUGUGGAUGAUGGGACCCCCCAGUCAUGUCAUGCUGCCCCAGGGGAUGAUGGGACCCCCCAGUCAUGUCAUGCUGCCCCAGGGGAUGAUGGGACCCCCCAGUCAUGUCAUGCUGCCCCAGGGGAUGAUGGGACCCCCCAGUCAUGUCAUGCUGCCCCAGGGGAUGAUGGGACCCCCCAGUCAUGUCAUGCUGCCCCAGGGGAUGAUGGGACCCCCCAGUCAUGUGAUGCCCCAGAGUGUCUCACUGGAGACGCAACAAAAAUUGGAGGUCUGAACCUCCCCUUUGCUGCAACAGUUUUACAGAAAGUUAAUAUAAACUGUCUUAAAGACAAAGAGCAGGACAGAAAAGUUGUUAAAAAAAGAGGUCGACCUUGUAAACAGUAUGAUCCUUCAGCUCCUGUAGAGAAGGUCCGUGCAAGAAACCCCUUGACUGAGUCAGCCGCCACAAAACAGCAGAGGAACUAUGAAGAGCACCUGGCAUUCAAGUUUUUCUGCUCACAGUGCUCUUUCAAGAGCAAACGCCAGAGCCAUUUCCAAUCCCAUCUGCGCUGCCACAGGGGCGGCAGUGAGAAAAAGUAUAGCUGUCAUCAGUGUGACUUCAUCACCCUCAGCCUGCCUAUGUUCAAACAACACCAGCUCAAGCACAAACUACAUUUGUUUAGGUGUGACAUUUGUGCUGCCUACUCAACAGAUCGGAUGGCGCUGUUGCGCAAACACCUCAAGUUAAAACACAACCAGAGAAGUGAGAAGCUGACCUGUGAACAGUGUGCUUUUACUUGCCAGAAACCAAAGGACAUGGCCAGACACCAAGCCCUUCAUAACAGACCCAGACAAGAAGUGACCUGUUCUGAGUGUAAGAAAAGUUUUGCCAAGAAGAUCCACCUACAUAGACAUGUGCGAGAUGUCCAUGGUCCAGAAGUCAGGCCACACCUGUGUGACACCUGCGGGAAAACUUUUAAAAGAACUGACGCCCUGCAGCAGCACAAGCUGGUGCACCUGUCACGCACAGCCCGCAGUUUCCCUUUCAAAUGUUCAGCUUGUGGCAAGGGAUUCAGAUCUCCGGCCCACCUGAAGGAGCACAUGACCAUGCACAGCUCUGAGAGACCGUACCUUUGUCACUACUGUGGAGCUGCCUUCAAAACCCAGCCAGUCCAGAGGAAACACAUCCUGACUCUCCACCUUCAGCCCAGGAUUCACGUGUGUGCUGUGUGUUGUCGCCAGUUCAACACCAAAUACACACUGCAAAAACAUGAACACACACAUCACAAGGCUGACCUUGGAACAGAGGUGGCCAUUUUAAUUGCUGAGGAUGCCAAAAGCCCAGGAGAAAAAUCAGCUGAUGUUGCCACAGUCAUAGAGCAGGGCAAUGGCCUGCAGCAGACCUUUAUUCAAGGCUCACAAGAUGGCCGACCUGUACAGCAGGCCUACAUUGAUGGCUCACAAGAUGGCCAAGUGCUAGACCAGGCCUACAUUGAUGGCUCACAAGAUGGCCAACCUGUGCAGCAGACCUACAUUGAUGGCUCACAAGAUGGCCAAGUACUGCAGCAAGCUUAUUUACAAAGUUCACAAGAUGGCACUUUGUAUUAUUUUACAGGACAACUAGAAUCUGUUUAGUCAAGGGACAUAAUCUAGUCUGGGAGACAAGUGUACACAGAACACGUCAUAGAAUUAUUAGAAAGCAACUCUUUUUUUUAUUUGAGUAACGAGUCUGAUGCAAUAUUUUAAGAGGAUUUCAUCAUUGCAUUACCAAGCCUAUAUUUUUAAACGUGUGACCUUGUUUUCUAAAACUGAAUUAUUUAAAAGUAAGCAAUGCCUGUGCUCUAUUUCUUGGAUCAUAUUUGUAGGUGCAGGGUUUGCCCACACUACCGUUAAGCCCAUCUCAGGGUGUGCUGUAUGAAAAUCUUGAAAAUCUGGCUUGCUUUAAUCAUCUAAUGUCGUGUGCCACAGCAUCAAUAUUGUAGGGUGGUUUUUAAAAUGAACAUAGGCGUCAUAGUGCUCACAGUCAAGCCCAGAGUGCCAAAUGGCACCGUGGCGUCGCCCCUUUGAAAUUAAAAAUUCAUUUUUUUCGCAGAAACCUCCCCUGCAGUAUUCCAUCAACUCCCCAAAGUUUCACGCCGAUCGAUGAAACUUGUGGUUAUGCAUGAAGGACAAACCCACAAACAACACGAAUCCACAUACUUUCAUUUAUAUAUGUAUAGAUACAGCUAUACAUAGCUAGUACUAUAUAUUUGGAAUCCAGGCGGUUUCCCAAACAACACUUACAUGCGACCAAUACCCAAAUGGAGGCAUGUAGUGGAGAUCUGAGCUCAUCCAUUAGCAAUGCCAUUAAUUAAUAUUUUUAUCAAGUGAUUUUGUGUUUUUAGUAUUGUAUAUCAUUCGGCCUAAAUAUUAAUAGUAGUAUUUAGAAUAUCUUAAGACAAAUAAAUAAUGUUUUCAAUGUUGAAAGAUCCUCAUUUUUCCUUUUCUUUCCUCACGGGGCCUCUCUCAAGCUUUCCUCACGGGGCCUCUCUCAAG